UUUUCAUUUCUCUCUCCAUCUCAUUACUCAGCUUCUCUCGCCGUCGUCGAUACCAUGGGUCGUGUCAUCAGAGCUCAGCGUAAGGGUGCGGGUUCCGUCUUCAAGUCUCACACCCACCACCGCAAAGGCCCGGCGAAGUUCCGUAGCCUCGACUUCGGGGAGCGCAAUGGCUACCUGAAGGGAGUCGUCACCGAGAUCAUCCACGACCCGGGCCGUGGCGCGCCUCUCGCUCGUGUCGUUUUCCGACACCCGUUCCGUUAUAAGAAGCAGAAGGAGCUCUUCGUCGCGGCCGAGGGCAUGUACACUGGUCAGUUCGUGUACUGUGGUAAGAGGGCAUCACUCAUUGUCGGAAACGUCCUCCCUCUCAGAUCUAUCCCCGAGGGAGCUGUCGUCUGCAAUGUGGAGCACCAUGUCGGUGAUCGUGGUGUUUUCGCUAGGGCUUCUGGUGAUUACGCCAUCGUUAUUGCUCACAACCCAGAUAACGACACCACUAGAAUCAAGCUUCCAUCCGGUUCCAAGAAGAUUGUGCCGAGUGGCUGCAGAGAAAAGCCACUCCUUAAGGCCGGGAACGCAUACCACAAGUUCCGCGUGAAGAGGAACUGCUGGCCGAAGGUUCGUGGUGUGGCAAUGAACCCAGUCGAGCAUCCCCAUGGAGGAGGUAACCAUCAACACAUUGGUCAUGCCAGUACCGUCAGACGUGACGCUCCUCCUGGACAGAAGGUCGGUCUUAUCGCCGCCAGGAGAACUGGUCGUCUCAGAGGUCAAGCCGCCGCCACUGCUGCCAAGGCCGACAAAUAGAUAUACAUGUUCACGUUUUUUUUCGUUCGGUCUUUGUUCUGUGAUCCUGAGAUUACUGUUGAAACACGUUAUGCAUUUAAGAUUCAAUGCCAAUGGUUUUUUUUUUACAAUA